AUGUCGCUGAACGCAUACGGGGGUACCUUUGUGGGACUUAAAGCAAUUAGGGAAGGCUUAAAGAAUGAAAAGAAUCAAUUAAAGCAGAAGAAAUUCCAGUUUCCAGAGCUGGAUGAGAAGGCCGAAAAAGUAAUUGUCACCUUAAUAUCAGUGGAGAAUUUAAAAUUACCUGAGGUAAAAGCGCCCUCAAAACUAGAACUGGUAGUUACUGCUAUUUUUGAUCAGGAUUUCAUAGAAGAGUCGUUAACACAUUCAAGGCAAAAUUCUAAAAUAAUCGAACCCGAAUUCGUCCAUGACUCUUAUUACGGCAGUUUUGACUCAUUUGAGAUUGUUUUACCAUGUGAUGCGAGGAAUGUUUUAACACUAUAUCUGUCAUGUAUAAAAACGACCGUACUGGAAGACGGUGGAAAGAGAGUAGAGUUUAGAGGUUAUGGAUAUACACAAAUGAUUGAUCUUUCAAAGUGCUUGGAUCAUAAACAAACUAGAGAGGAACUGAGGCUGACGGAAAAGAAUGGAAAGAAGGGAGUUACACUCACCUUCCGAGUUGUAACCACAAAGGCAAACAUAGGCCCAGAGAUUCCAGAAGAUAGAAUUGCCAACUUUUUGGACAAGUUCAGACCAGAGCAAAAGUGACUCACUUUAAACAUAUCCAUUA